AUGGCGUCCCACAACACCUACUGGACCGACUACCAGUCGACAACAAGUAGCGGCAGCUCAAGACGCAGCGGCGGCAGCGACACUAGUGACGAGUCUUACCGGUCAAGACGCAGCGCCCCCACCGCACAGCGUAGCCAGCGGCCAUCGCUCCCCAAGCCCGAAACCUGGCACGCCCCCACCGAACGCCGUCGCGAGCUGUUCUACGAGGAGCCUGCCGAGUAUUACGAGGCCCGGUCCUCGGUCGACACGUAUGCAUCGACGUCGGAAGAAGAGCUGGAAGAGGAAGAGGAGGAAGAUGACUACCCGCCGUACGAAGUUCCCGAGUACAGACACGAGGCGUUUCCAACCGACGCCAUCCCAGCAACGCCGCGAGAUUUCGCGGACCUCUUCCCGUCCGCAAACAGGAUGUCCAUCCAGCAUGACGAUUCUACCAUGGAUGGGAACAUGAACCUGCGCAUCGACACCCAAGUGGAGACGAGGCGGGGAAAGCAACUCGUGACGCUCUUCCAUCUCCGAAUGCACGAUCUGAAGAGCCGCGACUUUUCGCUUCGCCGGUACUGCAGAGACUCUGGCCGCGAGGUCUGCCAUGCCAUCCGGAAAUAUCAGAAGCCGCCGUCGGAGCGCCCGGCGUUGCAGCGGUCGUUCAGCAGCGCUAUCGCCACGUUCCGACACAAGCCUGAGCGCAAAGUGUCCGGCUCAUCUGAUCUCAAGCGCCAGGAUUCCGGGUACGGGUCGAUGGUGGCAGGCGACGAUGAGUCACGCCCUAAGUCGGCUGGUCAGCAGCCCAAGCGAGCGCAGCUGAUGCCCACCAACACGAUGAAGAUGGAGUUCUCCAACUACGCCCAUGUAGACAUCAAGCGCCGCGGCACCAAGUCGAACAAGAGAUAUGAAUUCGAGUACUGGGGAGUGAACUACACCUGGAAACGCGUGUCGAAGAAGGACGGCAACUUUGAAGAAAUCUCUUACCACCUGACGCGGAGUGACAGCCCGCUGGCGCUGGCACACAUCGUUCCCGUGCCCCUCACCAAUGCGCAAGCACGCGAGGAGGCUGCAAAGGGCGGCUGGAUCCCUCCGUGUUCCAUGUGGAUCAGCGAGCCGUCAAUAAUCGAAGGUGGCGCCGACACUGCUGAUGUCAUUGUCUCAUCAGGAAUCAUGGCUCUUGUGGACGACAGCAUCAAGAGCCACUUCCACUCCAAGGAGUCGACGCAGAUCCACAUUCCCCUGUCCCGCAACGCGUCUUUCAAGCUGAACAUGGACUAUGUCGGCCCGAAGCGGCUCAUUGACGAAGUUUUCCAUCGUACCACGCGCGGUAACACGUCGCCGCGGGGGCCGACUCCGCUGCGGCGAACAUCCGUGGAGGCGUGA